GCAGACGAGGGGCACGCGGAGAGAGAGAGAGAAGAGAGUUAAAGCGGCCAUUUCUUCGUCGACCUCGUCGCCCCCGCGCAGACGUGCUCCGUCGUCGCCGUCGUCGCGGCCGUCCAAAGGAGAACGAUUCCACACGGAGUUGCUGUUUUUAUCCGAGAAGCCCGGAUACUCGGUCAGAACCACUCGAUCUCGAUCUCUCGCUUUGUUAAUCUUGGGUCUAGCUAGGUGGAUAAGGGAUUGCGCGGGGGAGGCAGCGGUCCAUUUCUGCGGUCGACUCGGUUCUUGAUAGGCUUAGUAAACAGAGAGGGAGGGAGGGAGGGAUGGACGAGAAGGCAGCCAAGAUGGAGAAGCUCUCGUCGGCGGCGGCUUUCGUGGAGGGCGGCGUGCAGGACGCCUGCGACGACGCCUGCAGCAUCUGCCUCGAGGCCUUCUGCGACAGCGACCCCUCCACGGUUACAAGCUGCAAGCAUGAUUUCCAUCUCCAGUGCAUCCUUGAGUGGUGCCAGAGAAGUUCCCAGUGUCCCAUGUGUUGGCAGGCAAUCAGCAUGAAGGACCCUCUGAGUCAAGAGCUCCUUGAGGCUGUUGAACAGGAGAAGAAUGUGCAAGCAGAUCGCUCACGCACGACCGCCAUUUUUCGCCAUCCAAUGCUCGGACAUUUUGAGGUACCAGUUGAUACAGAUGAUGCUGAGCUUGAAGAACGUCUCAUGCAACACCUGGCCGCUGCUGCCGUGACACGUAGGUCGCACCGCCAUGGUAGAAGGGAAGGCCACCGCGGAAGAUCAGGACCACACGGUCGCACACAAAUUGUAGUAUUUUCGACAACUGAAACUACCUCUAGUGACCCGAUUUCUUCAGAUUCACCACAAGUAGGGGACAGUGAGUAUUCUCCUGCUAUAAUCUCUGCUCCUGUGGAUGCCAUGGAAGAAGCAUCUGCCAACAUACUAGUGCACAAUAAUACUUCAUCCAACUGCCCUGUUGGAUCAAAUGAUAGAAUUUCUGGUGAUGAAGCAUCUCCCAUCAACCAGGAUGGAGCUGGACCAUCCGAUCCACAAUCUUUCUCAAACACACUCAAGACUCGCCUGCAGUCGGUUUCGGUCAAGUACAAGGACUCGAUAACGAAGAACACCCGUGGGUGGAAGGAACGGUGGCUCUCUCGGAGUGACACGAUAUCGAGUCUUGGUUCUGAUGUGAGGAGGGAGGUUAACGCCGGAAUCGCUGCUGUGUCUCGCAUGAUGGAGCGGCUAGAAACGAGGGACGGGAGUGGCUCUGGGCCCUCAUCGGCUUCUUCGGACAAUGUUUCUUCUGCUACAGAUAAUCAGGGGGCCGCGUCGUCCAACUUUUGUGCUUCCGUAAAUGGCGCCUCGUCUUCGGCAACUUGUGCGUCGAGAUCUGGUUCACAAUGAACCAUCUUCUACCAUGAAAGAUGAACUUAUUUUUAGCUGCAAGUUGAACCUGGCAUCUGGUACUAUUAGAACAGUCACAUGUAACAUGUUUGAUUUGUGCAACCAAAGAUGCAGCUGUAAAGAAUUGGUUUCAAGAAUGAUAUGAGCCAAGGUGGUGCAACGUCAACCACACGGUA